AUGCCACAAUCGCCACGGCAAAGACAGGAGCCAUGGAAACCAGCUGAUGGGAACAACCUUGCUCCGUUUUUCUUUGAUGUUGACAAGGGCCGCAAGGGCCAGAUUGACCUGGAAAAAAUCCGCCUGGGCAUGGAAGCUGGAUUGGAUUUGAAAUGCAUAACAGGGAUUAUCGGGCCUGAACUCAGCCAAUCUUUGGAUGAUUCCUAUGAUUUCUGGUUUUCAGACGUCAGACUUGGGAAUGAUGUUUGCUGUACUCUGCUGGAUCUUUGUAUUCUUACCGGGCAGAUCCAGGCAGCAAGAUGUGUCGCUGCUGGCCCUCUCCGGCAAUUCAAGCUCAUCAAGCAUUCUUUGUCCUGUCGGUCAGGAGGACAUAUUUUCUGGAUGAGGCGUGCCCACGAUGCCGAUUUCUAUGAUGACUAUGACUAUAUUAGUGAAAGAUAUCAACCAAUUGCUGUGGCUGUGGCCUCGCCCAAUAGCUGCCUGUUAGCCGCAGGGGCCGCGGCAAAGGCGGCCUUGAGAGCAUCCUUCAAACAUCAUGCCAGAGUCAUCUACCAAACAAACCGUGACGCCUCCGCAAAGAAUAUGAAAAAAAUCCCGACUUCCGUAGUGAAUGAAAUCCUGGCUUUCUCAGUUGAGGAUUCGGGGGCUGAUACCGGAGCCAUCGGAGCCACCGGAGCCACCAAAGUUCCAAGCGAGGAAUCUGGCUUGGAGUCCCAUGCCCAGCAACCAGGCACCAUGGAAACACAGGACAUCUCCACGAUCGACGAGAAAUCCACCGACGACCUCCUGAUGGCUUUGCAGGCCAGUCGUGACGAGGUGCCAGCGCUGAACAUCGACGGCGUGUGCAUCUUCCGCUUGACACGGCGGGCGAAAUGCACUGAGGUCAAUGAAGUGCUUCUUGAUCCCACUGGCCCUUUGGCAAGCCUGCACAAGCGGGUCUUGGAUGCAGGUUGCCAAGUGAAUCCCGACGGCAACCCGGUGAAGGCGUUGUUUGUGCCGUCCACGGAGCAACAGCUGGUGGAAUUGCAAAACUUGGCUGCUCAUGGCUACGAGCUCUGCAAGGAUCAGCACGUGCUGGCGCUGCAGGACGAUGGUCCAGUGAUCGAUCAAGCACUGAGAAGCUGCAUCUCGAAAAAGGAUCGCCCAAGACUUCAGAAGUUGUGCCCACGCGUGAUCCCUGGGGAUUCAGCCGACAGCCACCAAGCUGCCCAGAGCUCAACGGAUGUGGCUCCUGAUGCUGACAACGACGAAGACGAUUCGAAUGAACCCAUGCUGAUGCUGGAAUGUGGCUUUCGCACUGAUUCCAGCUUGGCUUAUCCAUCUUACUCGAACCAGGUCUCAACGCUGUGCGUGUCGCUUCUGACCAAAACGCGCACCAGGGUCUUGGGCCUUGGUGCUGCGCGAUCAACGGUGACCUUCUCG